GAUUAUUUUAGAAAUAUCAAAGAAAGAAGAAGAAUCUACAUUCAUUCAUUUUGUGUGCAAAUAAUAUUGGAAGUUUGUGUUUAAAUAUUUAAAAAUGUUCUAAAUUUAUGUUAAUAGACUGUUUUCUGUGGUAUUAGGACAAUGCAUAUUAGCUGUUUGAAUGAUACAUAAAUAAUCCAAAUCCGUUAUCAUGCAGGCUUCGACGUCUAGCAGCAGCAGUAGCAGUAUGGGGAGCGUCCAUCCCCAUACUGCUCUAAUGAAUCAGUUUAAGAGCUAUGUUACUAUGUUAGCCGAUCCGGAAUGUAAAGACGUUUUGAAAUUAAAGGCUACACAAGAGCUGAGUAAACAUUUUGAAAUAAUACUGAACUCAGCCCUAUACUCGAACUUCUUAGACCAUUCUAUGAAUAUAUUUUUGAAGAUAUUAGACGAAGGAUAUCCGCUCUUCGUUGCGGAGUAUAAUAUUCAACAAGUUAGAAAAUUGAUAUUGGAGAUGCUAUAUAGACUACCGACGAAUGAAAACUUGCGCCCUUAUGUCAAGCAAAUAUUGUCGCUCAUGUUUAGACUUUUAGAAAUAGAUAACGAAGAAAACGUGUUGGUCUGUUUGAAAAUCAUCAUAGAAUUACACAAACAGUAUAAACCACCAUUUAGUCCCGAGAUUCAAAAAUUUUUACAAUUUGUGAAAUCCAUAUACUCAAACUUACCUAACCAUAUGAACAAAAUUUUUGAACCUAAACCACCGAUUAAAGUAAAAGAUUUGAGUGAAGUAAAUAUUGAAGAAUUACUGAAGGAAACGUUUACUAUGACUGUUAUCCAAACCGAAGCGAGAAAUGAAGACGGAACGUUGAUUGCUUAUUACUUAAUUCCAAAAGCUGUUCUUUCUUUGAAAGUUCUUCAAGAACUACCAAUUAUAGUAGUUCUAAUGUAUCAACUGUACAAGCAAAGUGUACACCAGGACGUUAGUGACUUUAUACCAUUAAUAAUGAAUACCAUAACUCUUCAACCCACCUUAAAGCAAAGGCAAGCUGAGUCCUUUAAUAAGGAGAUAUUCGUCGAUUUUAUGGGAGCGCAAAUAAAGACACUUUCAUUUUUGGCAUAUAUUAUUAAGAUCUAUCAAGAAGUCGUCCAAAAUCACUCCUCGAUGAUGGUACAAGGUAUGUUGGGACUUUUGACGUUAUGUCCUAUGGAAGUAGCGCAUCUUAGAAGAGAAUUACUUAUUGCUGCCCGGCACAUUUUAGCAACCGAAUUAAGAAAUCGAUUCGUGCCUCAUAUGGAAAGACUGUUUGACGAAGAUGUCUUACUGGGUAGAGGUUGGACUACUCAUGAGUCACUUAGACCUUUAGCUUAUUCUACCCUCGCAGAUUUAGUCCAUCAUGUUAGACAGCAACUACCCUUGGCUGAUUUAAAGAGAGCCGUCCAUUUGUUUAGUAAAAAUGUUCACGAUGACAGUUUAGCUACCACAAUCCAAACAAUGUCUUGCAAACUAUUACUUAACUUAGUAGAUUGUAUCAGACUAAGAUCAGAAGCCGAAAAUAGCCAUGAAGGACGAGAACUACUGAUGCGUAUGCUUGAAGUGUUUGUCCUUAAAUUUAAAACCAUAGCAAAAAUUCAAUUGCCGAUUUUAACCAACAAAUGUGAUCAGCGUAAACAAGAAGUUCAAACUACACCACAAAACCAGACUCCAAGCCAAACAGGUUCAGAUAAAACCGAAACUGAUACGAAACCUAAUCCAGCUGAUGCCUUAGAGGCUGUGCUGGUGAAUGCUCAAGUAGCCCAACCCAAAGAAGAAAAAUCCAAAUUCGGUUUUCCCCAAAAUAAUAACUGUAACGUGGCGGAUUAUAGAAGUUUAGUAAAAACUCUCGUUUGUGGAGUAAAAACCAUUACUUGGGGUUGCUCUGCGUGCAAGAGUGGUGCAGAUCAAGCAACCGUUCAGUCUAAACAUUUCGCACCCCACGAGACACUUGUUUUUGUUCGUCUAGUAAAAUGGGCACUUCAAGCACUUGAUAUUUAUACUUUAAAUGUAGGACCACAACCGGCUGGUUUACCACAACGAAUGAAUCAGCAAAAUGUAAGAAGUAAGGAAGAAAAAGAGGUCCUGGAGCAUUUUAGUGGAGUAUUUUCCAUGAUGAAUUCUCAAACAUUCCAUGAAAUUUUCUCCACUACAAUUGAAUACUUGGUGAAAAGAGUCUAUAAAAAUCCUACAUUGCAAACAGUACCAAAUACUCUUCUUGCGAAUCCCACAACAAGUCCUAUUUUUGCAACAGUUUUAGUUGAAUACUUAUUAGAAAGAAUGGAGGAGAUGGGUUCCAAUUUAGAAAGGAGUAACUUGUACCUCAGAUUAUUUAAAUUGGUUUUUGGCAGUGUCUCCCUAUUUCCACAAGAAAAUGAGAAUAUGUUAAGACCACAUUUGCAUCAGAUUGUCAAUAGGUCAAUGGAACUAGCGAUGAGCGCCAUGGAACCGUAUAAUUAUUUUCUUUUGUUAAGGGCAUUGUUCCGAUCCAUAGGAGGUGGAAGCCAUGAUUUGUUGUACCAAGAAUUUUUGCCACUAUUGCCAAAUUUACUCGAGGGUCUAAAUAGAUUACAAAGUGGAUUACAUAAACAACACAUGAAAGAUCUAUUUGUGGAACUCUGUCUAACUGUUCCCGUACGGUUGAGUUCGUUGUUACCGUAUUUGCCUAUGUUGAUGGAUCCACUUGUAUCUGCCUUAAAUGGCUCACAUGUAUUAAUUAGCCAGGGAUUAAGAACACUUGAGCUUUGUGUUGACAAUUUACAGCACGAUUUCUUGUAUGAGCACAUUCAACCUGUAAGAGCCGAGUUAAUGCAAGCCUUAUGGAGAACAUUAAGAAAUAACGACCAAGUCGCUCAAGUUGCAUUUAAGGUCCUUGGUAAAUUUGGUGGGGGUAACAGAAAAAUGAUGAUAGAACCCCAAAGAUUGGACUACGUAUCCACUGAUUUUGAUCCGCCGGCUAUUUUAGCUAGAUUCCAUGAUCACUAUCAAGAAAUAGAAUUCCCAGUGUCCAAGGUGAUAGAAACUGCGUUCAAUGCUUUGAAGCAGAGCAGUACUGACCCAUUCUAUAGAAAACAAGCCUGGGAGGUUAUCAAUUGUUACUUGACAGCUUCUAGGUGUCUCGAUGAUGACGAAAACACACUUAUCAAUCUGUUUUUGCAUCCAGGUUUUCAAGAUCCAAAUACAAUUCCAAAUAUCAAAGGAUCUACAUAUAAAUCGAUAUACAAAGAAGCCAGAGAGACACAUCAGACUGCACUCACAGGUAUGUUUGUAGCUGCAGCCAUAAAGGAACUUAGAGAAACUGUAAUCCCAGCGUUGGUUUCCUUGGUUCGUCACUAUACCAUGGUUGCAGUAGCACAACAGUCUGGAGCCUUUGCAUAUAGUCCAGAGCCUAAUAAGCAAGUAACAUUAGAUCCUCUUGUUCUUGUUGAUGCAUUAGCAAUAAUAAUGGGUCAUGAAGAAAGAGAACUUUGUAAACCUGGUCAUUUGGGACUUGUUUUGAUAGUAGAUACCGCCUCGACACUUUUAGGAAGUAAAGAAAUGGCAUGUCGCCUGCCACUAAUUGAGUACCUCUCCGAAAAGAUGUGUGCUCUGUGUUAUGAACGCGCUUGGUAUGCCAAGUUAGGUGGUUGUAUAGCCAUCAAAUUUAUGUUCGAACGUUGCGCGCUCAAGUGGAUUUACGAGCACAUGUUUAUGUUCCUAAAAGCUUUAUUGUUCGUUAUGAUGGAUCUUACCGGCGAAGUUUCCAGUGGAGCACUUGAUUGUGCUAAAGAAAAUCUGCAAAAAAUGCUUAUUGUAUGCGUUACACCUCCUCCCGAAGGGUCCGAUCAAGCAACAAGAAAUUUACAGCAAGAAGCAUUGAAUAAAGUUACCCAUGAGUUGGUACGUCAAGUUACGAGUCCACACACUAUGGUCAGAAAUCAGUCCAUGGCGUCUUUAAGAUUAUUAGCGAAAAAACAAAACAAGACCGUUACUGCCGUGAUGGAACCUUUCAAGGAUGUUUUGGCGGAUAUGGUUCCUCCCAAAAAGCACCUUCUCAAACAUCAACCUGCGAUUGCACAGAUGGCUCUGAUGGAUGGCAAUACUUUCUGUACUACAUUGAGUCCUCGGUUAUUCACAAUUAAUAUGAGCAUAGAAGAGCACAGCUUAUUUAUUCAAGAUCUUAUCUCAUUGUGUAAUACUGAAGACAACAAGCUAAACACUUUCUCAUGUUACAAAUCUAUAACUAACUUUGUUCCUUUAAGAACAAGUGCUUUGAGAGUAUUGGCCGCCUGCUAUUAUUUAGACGAAGUUAGAGAAGAUAUUUUCCAAGUAUUAUAUAAAUCGCUGGAGAAACCAAAUACGGAAUUACAAGAAACAGCUUUUGAAUGUAUGAAACAAUUUAAAGCUGGAUAUCCAAUAGAUAGCAAAUUGGUGUACACGACAGUGAGGCCUCUAUUAUUGACAUUGGGUGAUGUCAAAACGCUUACUUUAAACGGAGUAAAAAUGCUGUCUUAUUUAACGCAAUUGUUCCCACACGUAUUUAAAGAAAAAUUGUGCGAACAACUAUUAGCAUUUUUAAAUGAAUUGAUGAAGAGUUUGAAAGAAAAUUAUAAAAAUAAUCAAGGCAAUGGCUUGUCCAAAAAAGGAGAUGACGAACAGAAGAUAGUGACUAUUAUAAGUGUUUUCCAUCAAACACCCGCUGCGUCUUCUAAGUUUAUCAAUCAAUUGUGUCAGCUAAUCUUGGAAACAGAACAAGCGAUGGAAGUAGAAGCAAGCAGUCCUUUCAGAGAGGUAUUAAUGAAAUUCCUUCUCAGAUUCCCAGGAGAAACAUUAACGAUGUUCUUAAGCGAUAAAUAUAUUAAAGAUAAGCAAUUCAGCAGAUACUUGGAAUAUUUAAUAAAGCACAAAGAAGGUAAACCGUUCAGAGAUUUUAUGCAGAGCAAUAUGACGAAGCGUCUAAUAACCAUGGUGUUGUCUAACUACGUAAAUCUACUUCUAGAACAAAACGAAAGGAACGAACUUCAAUAUCAAAGCAUAAGAAUCGUUUCAUUGUUGAUAAAGUUUGAUGACCAAUGGUUGUCGACGCAACAAGAAUUAGUAGACGCUCUUAAGCAGAUAUGGUGUGACGAUUCAUACCAAGAAAGGCAUAAAAAUAUUGAACACUUGGAGUAUACACAUUGGAAGGAACCAAAACUUGUAGUUAAGAUAUUACUUCACUAUUUUUGCCAUCAUCCUACAGAUAUUGAUCUUCUGUUUCAAUUAUUGAGAGCCACUGUUGAUAGAUUUUUACCAGACUUCCAAUUUUUGAGGGACUUUUUGGAGAAUACAGUGGCACAAAAAUUAUACUGUUGAGUGGAAACGAUCUGCAUUCUUUAGAUUUGUUGAGCUGUUUCCAUCAAAUGAAAUGUCACAGGAGUUAAAAGCGAAAGUUCUACAACUAAUCCUUAUUCCCUGCUUUGCGGUUAGCUUUUGAGAGAGGAGAAACCAAUAAACUUGUAGGUGGUCUACCUAUGCCUUACCAAGACAGUACCGAUAAUGUUGUUUCUGUAUUCAUAAACAAGCUAAUUGAUUCAGACAAUCCAUUCCCAUCCGCAGAUUGUGUAAGGAUCUCUCUUCUCCAAUUUUCAUGUCUUCUCGUGGAACAAGCGAGUCCACAUAUUCAUGAUCAUGAUCCGAGUAACAACGCUCAAGGCUUUAAGUUGAGAAGACUAAUGACCUUUGCUUGGCCAUGUUUACUUGUCGAAAAUUGUAUAGAUCCGGCUACUAGAUAUCACGGUCAUUUACUGCUUUCUCAUAUUAUAGAGAAGUUUGCUAUACACAGAAAAAUUGUUUUACAAGUUUUCCACAGUUUAUUAAAAGCCCACGCUAUAGAAGCUAGAAAUGUAGUACGACAAGCCUUGGAAAUUCUUACUCCUUCCAUGCCUUUACGAAUGGAAGAGGGCAACACAAUGCUUACUCAUUGGACAAAGAAAAUUAUUGUUGAUGAAGGACACUCUAUGCAACAACUUUUCCACAUUUUACAACUUGUGGUUAAGCAUUAUAAGGUUUAUUACCCAGUUAGACAUCACCUGGUUCAGCAUAUGGUGAGCUCAAUUCAAAGACUUGGUUUUAGCCCUACAGCUACUUUGGAACACCGAAAAUUAGCUGUUGAGUUAGCUGAAGUUAUUAUUAAAUGGGAAAUGUAUGGUAUCAAAGAAGAAUCCGAAAGUACAGAGACUACUGAAAAUCCACCCGUUAAGCGUCCAUCGAUAGAGGAAAGUACUGAAAGUAGUAGAAAAAAGUUGGCGGUUCCAGGACCAUCUAAUGCUCCCCAGCCCGCUAUAAAGACAGAACCUAGCGUUAAUAAACCUAUCGAUAGGACGCACACAGAUAAUGUCUUAAACUUUUUGUUGAGACUUGCUUGCCAGGUAAACGAACCUGCACCCACUAAUCCUAUGAAUCCGGUUGCGAACAGUCCAGGAGAAGUACUUUCAAGGCGUUGUGUAAUUCUACUGAAAACUGCCUUAAGGCCAGACAUUUGGCCACAACCAGUGGAUUUAAAAUUAGCAUUUUUUGAUAAGAUUUUGACAUCAAUUGAAGCCCCUAACCAUAAUGUCGCCAAUAUAUGUACAGCUUUGGAGCUCUUGACCUAUAUUUUGACUGUGUUUGAAAAGGAACAAAUUCUUGCUAGUUUUAAACCACUCCAACGAGGAAUUGGUGCAUGCAUAACUUCAAACAACAGCAGAAUUAUUAAACUAGUCCACAAUCUGCUAACGAAACUAUUUACUUUGUUCCCAAUGGAAAGAACAAAUACGAAUUUGAGUUGUAAAUACGAAGAACUUGACAUUCUUUAUGCUACUGUGGGAAAAGUUAUAUUUGAAGGUCUAAGUAGCUACGAAAAGAAAGAAAAUCCUUCUAGCCUUUUCGGCACUGUAAUGAUACUAAAAGCAGCUUGUGCAAACAAUCAUUCUUACAUAGAUCUUUUGAUUACGCCCUUCAUGAGGGUUCUUAACAAGUUAUCAAGGGAGCACCUAAACCAUUCCAGCGAAAAUACCGCAUUGACGAGCGAACUAUUAAUAUUGAGUUUGGAUUUAGUAAAAACCAGGGUGGUGGUUAUGGGAGUUGAAAUGAGGAAAACAUUUAUUGGUUCUAUUUUGGUUGGACUGAUAGAAAGAACGCAAGAUAUUAAGGUUAUGAAGUUCAUAACCAGAAUGUUGGAAGAAUGGAUGAAAUGCAAAAAUGUAGUUACUCUAAAUCAAGCUCCGAGUUUACGAGAAAAAUCAAUUUUAUUGGUGAAAAUGAUGCAGUAUGUUGAAAAACGGUUUCAAGAUGAUAAUGAAUUAAAUGCUCAAUUUUUAGAACUGGUUAAUUAUGUUUAUACUGACAAACAAUUAAAAGCAACCGAACUUACUUCUAAACUGGAACCAGCGUUUUUAGCAGGUUUAAGGUGUACUCAGCCUCACAUUAGAGCAAAGUUUUUUAAAGUUUUCGAUGAAGCUAUGCCCAGACGACUUCACGAUAGGUUGCUCUACAUCAUUUGUUCUCAAAAUUGGGAUGCAAUCGGUCCUCAUUAUUGGAUUAAGCAAUGCAUUGAACUCUUGCUUGUUACAGCUUUACCAGGCGAUGGUAUUAGAAUGUCUCAUGAAAGUAGCAUAUUACCUGCUAUAACGUCUGUUAUACCAGAAAAACAAAAACGCGAAGAAUUCAGCAGACACCAGCUCCAAAAUCCAGACUUUUAUACCUCCGAAAUUAAAGAGGAAGUACUCGACGUUGACUUAAGUAACAUAGAUUCGAAUCCUUUGGUAGAAGAAAAACCUGUUAUAAGAGAAGAGACAAUAAAAAUGUUAAAAAAGGACUACGAAUCUACAGAAAUUGCUAGAAAUAUUACCACUGACAGAUUUUUAUUAGCUACAUCACAGUUGUGCCACAUGGACACGUCAUUAGCUGAGCAUGUGUGGUUGUCAUUAUUUCCAAAAUUGUGGGCCAUUCUCGAGCCAGAACAAAGAACGAUCUUAGAGAAAGACAUAAUACCAUUCAUUACAUCUGGAACACAUAUAAUACAGAAAGACUGUCAUCCUAGUGCAAUUAAUACUUUUGUUGAGGCGUUAUACAGAUGCACCAACCACAUUCAGAUGGCACCAUUCCUCAUGACUUACCUGGGCAAAUCUCAUAAUCUGUGGCACCGAAUGGCUCUCGGUCUUGAACAAAUGGCAUAUGAGAUGUCUGUGCCUAAAUCAUCAAAUCCAGCAAGCUGUUAUGAGUUUGAGGGAGAGCCAUUAAAAACUGAACUACUGGAUUGUCUCGGAGAACUCUACCACCUACUAUGUGAAGAAGAUUGCUGGGCUGGAUUAUGGCAAAGACACGCUCACUAUAAAGAGACCAGUAUUGCAAUCGCUUAUGAGCAGCAUGGCUUUUUCGAACAAGCUCAAGCCGCUUACGAGGCUGCAAUGGCCAAGCAUAAAGCCGAUAACAGCAUGGGUCCUGUCCCUAUGCAUACUCAAAGGGAAACUUUGUUGUGGAAUGAUCAUUGGAUUAGGUGUGCUAAAGAGCUUAAUCAAUGGGACACUCUUAUGGAAUACGCAAAAAAUGGAUGUUAUGAUCCUUACUUGCUUCUAGAAAGUGCAUGGAGAAUACCUAAUUGGGACUUAAUGAAAGAGGCGUCUGCAAAUGUAGAGUACUCUUGUCCCAAAGAACUAGGUUGGAAAAUAACUAUGUAUGGAGGAUUUUUAGUAAUAUGUCAGCCAGAUGAUAGUAAACCUUUAAAAUAUGUUGAGCGAUACGUAGAAAGUGCCAGUGCUUUAUGUUUAAACGAAUGGAGACGACUUCCUCAUAUUGUAAGUCAUAUCCAUUUGCCAUACCUCCAGGCUGCUCAACAGAUUAUGGAGCUUCAAGAAGCUUACCAGAUCCACAAAGGUUUGUUACAGAGCCAUCACAAUUCUCUUCAUGAUAUGAAGGCUAUUGUAAAAACUUGGCGAAAUAGAUUACCAGUUAUAGCAGAUGAUUUAGUUCAUUGGAAUGAUAUUUUCACAUGGCGUCAACAUCACUACCAAGUCAUUGUCAACCAUUACGACAACCAAAGAGACGCUUCAACUACUCACUCGGCUUCAGCUCAGUCAAGCAUUCAUUUUGGAAAGAUAGCCAGAAAGCACAAAUUGGUAAACGUGUGUUUGGAAUCGCUUAAUAAAAUCUACAGUAUUUCAAGUGUUCGGAUUGUAGAUUGUUUCCAAAAAGUUAGGCAGCAAGUAAAAUGUUAUCUGCAGAAUUCUUCAGUGAACAAAAAUGAUAUUAACGAAGGUUUGGAGGUCCUCAGUAGAACAAAAAUGCAGUACUUCUCCAAGGAGAUGACGGCCGAAUUCUAUGCUUUGAAUGGUCUGCUGUUUCAGUUAAGCAAUAAGUCUGACGAAGCCAAUAAAAUGUUUUCGGCUGCAGUACAAAUGCACGAUGCUUCUACUAAGGCUUGGGCUUUAUACGGUGAUUAUUUAGAACAGAUCUUCACAAGGGAUCAAAGACAAAUUAAUUUAGGAGUGAACGCUAUGACAUGUCUCCUGCACGCCUGUAGACAUCAAAAUGAAGCGAAAGCAAGAAAAUAUUUGGCUAAAGUUUUGUGGUUAUUAAGCUACGACGAUGAAAAUUCUAGUUUAAUGGAAGCACUGGAUAAAUACUCUGUGGGCGUGCCACCCUUACUGUGGCUACCGUGGACACCACAAUUAUUAAAUUGUUUGGUACAAUAUGAAGGCAACGUCAUUCUUAAUUUGUUAUGUCAGGUUGGAAGAAUGUUUCCUCAAGCUGUUUAUUUCCCCAUAAGAACGCUAUAUCUUACUUUACGUACCUCUGUUGCUAGAAAAACGAACAGUGUUCAGAGAUUAACUCUACAGCAACACCAAUCUCAAGAAUCUCAAAACAGCGAAGCUGGUACUCAGUCUAACAGUCAAGGCAGUUUGUCAAAUUCUUCAGAAAGUGCUAGUACUACUACUGUUUCUACUGAAGGAUCUUCUAUAAAAGCGACGCCUGCGAUGAUUAGAUGUUCUAAGAUAAUGAAAAUGCAGAGGGAUAUACACACUACGGUAUUAUCAAGUUUGGAGGGUAUUGCUGACCAAAUGGAAUGGUUUAGAGAAAAUUGGUAUGAAGAAGUACUGAGACAGCUUCGACAAGGUUUGACGAAAUGCUACGCAAUAGCAUUUGAAAAUAGAGAGGGUGUUAAUGAGGCAAAAAUAACACCGCACAUUCUCAAUUUCGUGAAGAAAUUAAUGUCUACCUUUGGAAUAGGAGUUGAAAAUAUUAUUUCGAGCUCAGUAAAUGUUACCUUUAAUUCUGCUGCUUCAGAAAGUUUAGCUAGAAGGGCCGAAGCCACUUACCAGGAUCCAGUUUUUAAAGCUAUGAAAUUAGAGUUUACGAAAGAUUUCGAUUUUUCACAAUCAAAUUCAAUGAGACUGCACACUUUAAUAUUUAAGUUGAAGAAAUGGAUUAAAAUUUUAGAUGAUCGGUCUAAAAUGUUUUUACAAUCAAGCCUAAUAGAAGAAAAGUGUCGUUUCUUGUCUAAUUUCACACUAAAAACAGCAGAAGUAGAAUUACCCGGGGAAUUUUUGCUUCCAAAACACAAUCAUUACUUUGUUAGAAUUACUAGAUUCAUGCCAAGAGUUGACGUUGUGCAAAAACAUAAUGCUGCAGCAAGAAGAUUAUACAUUAGGGGCCACAACGGCAAAAUAUAUCCUUACUUAGUAGUAAACGAUUCUGGUCUGGCAGAUGCUAGAAGAGAAGAAAGAGUUUUACAGUUAAUGAGGAUGCUUAAUUUGUAUUUAGGAAAACAAAAGGAAACUGCAAGAAGAUUUUUGCAUUACACUGUACCCCGAGUAAUUGCGGUUUCACAACAGAUAAGACUGGUAGAAGACAAUCCUGCAUCUAUAUCACUCCUAGAUAUAUUUAAAAAGAGUUGUACCAAAUUAGGUAUCGAACACGAUGAACCGAUUCAGUAUUAUUAUGAAAGACUAGCUCAAGUCCAAAGUAGAGGUAUAAAGGCGAGUCAUCAAGUAUACAGAGAUAUUCUUAAAGGUAUACAGCAGAGCAAAAUACCAAGAAAUAUUAUAAAGCAUUGGGCAAUUCAAACAUUCCCAUCAGCAACGGAUUACUGGCAGUUUAGGAAAAUGUUCACAUUACAAUUGGCUCUAGCCUGUUUUGCUGAGUAUGUAUUUCAUUUAACGAGGCUUAAUCCAGAUAUGAUGUACUUGCACCAAGACUCAGGACUGAUGAACGUUGCGUAUUUUAAAUUUGACGUGGACGACAGUACAGGUGAAUUGGAUACAACUCGACCUGUGCCUUUCCGGUUGACUCCUAAUAUUAUUGAAUAUUUAUCUACGAUUGGAGUGACUGGUCCUCUUACAACCACAAUGAUAGCAACAUCAAGAUGUUUCAUAUAUCCCAAUUUUAAGGUAUUGUCAAUUUUGAAACCUAUUAUAAGAGAUGAAAUGAUGUUGGCUAGAGCCAAAAAAGCCGAAGAUUUAAAUAAUCCCGAGAAAAUGAAUGACGCCUCUGAGCAAAUCAUAAAUAUGGUAAAUAAGGCAGUCACUUCUAUUUCAAACAGACUUACCAAUUUAGCACAAUUUGAAGGCACUGAUAGUAAGGUUGCUACAUUGGUUGCUGCUGCAAAUAGUCCAGAUAAUCUCUGUCGAAUGGACCCAGCAUGGCAUCCAUGGUUGUAAAGACUUUAUUUGUUGUAAUGACUUUAUUUGUUGUAAAGACUUUAUUUUUUAUUAGGUUAAGUAUUACAAAAUCAUUUUGUAAACAUAAUUAAUUUUUGUAUAGUUAUUUUUGUACAUGGUUUAUUAGCACUUCUAAUAAAUGUUAAUGAAUAUUAGUUUUUGGCGAUUUGUGAUUUAA